AGUUUGUAGGAUUAUUUUAAUACAGUAUACGUAUUUGCGUUUAUGUGGUCAUUUAAAAUGUAGCUAUAGGUAAAGAAGGGUGACUGGAACUUUUGUAUACAUGCUACGUGACUCCGCUAUGUACUGUAUUUUUUAGCUCAAUGUUUUCAUUGCAGUAGGUCAGCGUCACUUUAUUGUGGCAGUUUAGAAAAAAUGCAAAAUACACAUAUUUUAAAGAGAACGGGCGUUUACAUAUAUCUUCUGAUAUAUUUCGUUAUAGAUUCUGGGACACUUAACUAUUGAAUUACAAGAUUGAUAUAAUGGAUACAAAUUUGGGAGAGACCUUUUAAUUAAAAAAAUCGUACACAGGUGUGUUGGGGAUAUGAGCUAUUUCAUUUCAGAUAUUUCCUGAUUAAUGCAUUUUAGAUUCAUUAUCACCCAUUAAUGAACUACCAGACCCAUAAUGCCUUUCGGUACUUACAGGCCAUGAAAUCACAUGAUCGUGCUUGACUGGAGCAAACGAAGUGUUUGGCAAGUGCUCAAGUAGAGUUUAUAACUUCUGCAUUGGUCGAGGACGGGAGGCAAUGAAGAUGAGCAUUUCUGCCACUUAGGCUACGUAGUCUGAAACUGACAUUCCAGAGUGCAGGACCAAUUAAUUAGUAAGAAAAGCAAAAACGUUUUAUUUCAACCGAGAGUAAAACUUGCGUAGUAUAUCUUUAUAGUGAAAGUGAAAUAGUAUUUUUAAUAUGAGCAUACUUUGUCAGCCAAGCCCGUUUUAAUGGUGUGGGAAACUGAGAAGUUUUAUACUGAAGAUCCAUAUCCUAAUAUUACUAAACAAAUUAUACUCGAGUACAGUUAACUACUGUAUAGCGAUGUGUAUUUGUUAAAUGUUGACCGACGAUUGUCGCCCUAUUUCUGAUAAUAUCAUGGAAAGACGUGACUACCUAUUUAAAAUCCUGGUCAUCGGCGACGGUCAGGUUGGAAAGACAUCUCUGGUGCAGCGAUACGUCAACGACCGAUUCAGCAAACACUACAAAUCGACAGUAGGCGUGGAUUUUGCAGUGAAAGUUCUGCAGUGGUCCGACACUGAGACAGUCAGGCUACAGCUCUGGGACAUAGCAGGUCAGGAGAGGUUCACCUCAAUGACCCGAAUAUACUACAGAGAAGCUGCUGGCUGCAUCAUCAUGUUUGACGUUACAAACCCGACCACUUUUCAUAACUGUCUAAACUGGAAACGGGACGUGGACAGCAAGGUCAUGCUCACGGAUGGAAGCCCAGUGCCCUGCAUUCUGCUGGCCAACAAAUGUGAUCUGUCGUCCUGGGAAGUGACUCAUGACAGCAUAGAGCAGUUCAGCAAGGGGCAUGGAUUCAUCGGCUGGGUGGAGACUUCGGCCAAAGAUAACAAGAACAUCAAUGAAGCCAUGAGUGUCCUGGUGAAUAAGAUGAUGACCCAGCCUGGCGUGAGGAGGGAGGCACAAGGAGGACGCAUCCAGCUGGAUGUGCCAAAGGGAUCCUACGAAAAUGGUUGCUGCUGAUCCCUGAGAGACGGUGACAGAUCCCUGGGCUUCCGGACUGCUGCCUUUGUAAAAAAAAAAUCACUCAAAUGUAAAUAAAGACACAUCCUUUCGGCACAGACUGCUGACGGCAUACUUUUGUAAGUCGUGGGUAGGAGAGCUGGCAUGCGUGAGUCAGCGGACUUCCAAGGGGAUGAGAUUCCUGGCUUCGUAAGAGGCUGAGACACGGACUGUGAUGCAGAAGGCUUCUGCUACCUUGGAACAAUCUUAGCUGGUACAGUGAAACGGCGGAUGAAAUCAGUUGGAGACACUUGACUGUCACGUUGCACCGCCUUGGUCAACUUGUACUAAAUGGGUGUUGGUCAGAACGUUCCAUAAGGGCUAGUGAAUGAGUAGGUUGGCGUGGGCAUCCUUCUGGACACAGAACUGGAACAACGUACUUGUGUCCAGAGGGCAGGCCGGCUAUGAUGAGCUGCAACCGAUAAGAUGCCAAAAUCAUGGAAGGAAAUCGCUCCUGACAGGGCAACUUGUAAACUCUUAACUAUAUCUUGCAGCCCACAAUGAUGGCUGAGCUUCUGAAUUUUAAUUCUAGGGCCUGCACCGAAAUAACAUGUAGUGGAAGACAGUGAACUUUCAUGGUUUGGAACACAGGAGUAUAAUUUCAUGUUUGUAAAACUGCUCUUUCAAAACUAGGUCCUCCGCCUUUAUAGUCUUGAAUGAACUUUUUUAAAAGAAUUUGAACCUUUUUAAUCACGAUUGCUUUGUACAAGAUUUACAGUAUAUGGGUGGAACAGUUAGUAUUGAUAAAGAGCGUUGUUUAUAAAACAGGGUCAGGUCCUGGCUCUGAGCAGAGUUUAUUAGCCAUGCAAGAUCCUUUUAACCUGUGUCAGAACAGAAGCAGGCAUUCCCACGUCAUAUUCGAACACAAGCCAAUUUGGGGUUUAGCCCUCAGACUUCAGGUGUCUUAUUGCAAUGCACUAUUGAAAACAUGUUACAUCCACAAUAAUGUUUGUAAGAGCUUGUAAAAGGCAACAGAUGUAUUUUACUUUUUUUUUUCUAUCCCUCCUAGAACAGUGACCCUGGACAGACAUAUUUAAAUGCUAUGGAUGUGCCCACUAUACCUGUGCAUAUAUUUGUAUGUUAAACUAGUGAAAGUAUAGUGGUGUGUGCUAUAUGUUUUUAAGUCUCAUGUUACAUCUUAUUUCUAACAAAGGUUGAACUGGAUGAAUAAGUUUGGCAAGAGUCUUGAUUCACACUUGUGAUUUGUAGAGUCCUUGUCCACAAAAUUUGAAUGUCCCCUCCACACACACACACAAACACACCUUGGUGUAUAAGGAGAAUUUGUUAAAGGUGACUUUUCUCAAUAAAUAUAAAGGUUAACUUUCAA